GAGAACAGCACUUGGGGAAAGGAAACAAAACACUGGGCCUGUCCAGGAGGGGCGAUUUCCCGUUUAAAUCGACUCCAGCUCCAAGCUACCCCUCGGGGGAAGGAGAGAGGCUUCUGACGUUCCCAGGGAGGUGAGGGACAGGCAGCAGGAGCGCUGGGUGAAGCCAAAACGCCCCUGCUCCUUGUUGAAGAAAGAGGGCGAGCGUUCAGGGGGAAAGGUCAGUUCCCCGCACAGGAAUGUGUGUCCCCUCGCAAUGGGGCGAGACUGCAGGCAUUCUCCCAGGGGGCUGGAGCAGCAAGGAAUGAGGCGUGAGGACAACACCUUCCAGUGGAGGGCUUGGAGCGUCUGCGUGUGGGCUGGAUGGAGGAACUUGCUCUCCCUGAAGGAAUGCAAUUGCGAUGGCUAGGGGACCAAGUGGAGCUUUGCCACCCGUGAACUUGCCGCUCCUCAGGAGGGGAGAAAUAUUGUGACUUUUUCCGCCUAGAUCAGGAGUGCCCUUUGAACGCUGCAGUUUGGCAAGAGUCGGGGCGAUGGGGGGACCAGGAACAGGACCCUGAGAACCUGCUCUGGGGACGGAGACGUGGCAACUCACCAUACCUGGGUAAGUCUGGAACCAAACCAAGGGGUUGAUGAUUCAGUGUCCUGCAUGGAAACCUUCGAUGCCCCUUCUCUGUCUCCCUUUAGCCCCACAUCUCAUGGCAAGAUGGCUGGGAUUCAGGGGGCCACGGUGCAGAGCAUCCGGCCCUACAAGUCCAGCGAGCAGUAUCUCUACGCCAUGAAGGAGGACCUGGCCGAGUGGCUCAAGGAACUCUAUGACUUGGAAGUCAACGUUGGGUCCCUCCUGGAGGUGCUGGAGACGGGCUCCAUGCUGUGCUACCAUGCCAACAACAUCACCCACGUGGCCGGAGAGUUCUCCCGGGACUAUCCGGGCCUGGCCCACAAGCUCCAGCUGCCCAGAUAUGGGGUGACGUGUAAUGACUCUGCCCAGCCAGGGACCUUCCAGGCCAGGGAUAACGUGUCUAACUUCAUCCAGUGGUGCAGGAAGGAGAUGGAUAUUAAAGAGGUGCUGAUGUUUGAGACGGAGGACCUAGUGCUGAGGAAGAACGAGAAGAACUUUGUGCUGUGCCUGCUGGAGGUGGCCCGCCGGGCCUCUCGCUUCGGGAUGAGUGCUCCCACCCUGAUCCAAAUGGAGGAGGAGAUCGAGGAGGAGAUCCGAGAGGAGAUGGACCUGCCCCCUGAGGAUACCCCACUUCCCAAGCCGCAGAGGAAGCCUUGUGACUUCAAGAACCUGGACCAGAUGGUCCAACACCUGGUGAGCCGGUGCACGUGCCCAGUCCAGUUCUCCAUGAUCAAGGUGUCUGAAGGAAAAUACCGCGUGGGCGAUUCCAACACCCUUAUUUUUGUCAGGAUCCUCCGGAAUCAUGUCAUGGUGCGGGUUGGAGGUGGCUGGGACACGCUGGAGCAUUAUCUGGAUAAGCAUGAUCCCUGCCGGUGCACCUCGCUGUCUCACAAGCAGGCUGUCAAGCUGACAAGCCCUCAAAGGCUGCAGGCAAUACAGGUGCAGCACGAGAUCAAGGUCUGCCCGACACCCAGGACAGACAACCCAAAGAAGCCCCAGCCCACCCUGAUCGUGAGCAGGUCCCAAAGCCCACUGCCCCCAGUGGAGUGGAGGACCUACACCCCACAGAGUCUCAGCACCAGCCGGAAGCUUCGUUCAUCGGCAUCGCCAGAGAGCACCAGGUUCAGGCCCCCGCGGGAGCAGUCAGAACCCAGGAGGGUCCCUUCGGCCAGGGCAACAGAGCGGUCUGCUACUCCUUCGCGGAGGCAGCUGUUUGCUGAAGAAAGAUCUGCUACCCACCAGAACUCCUCCAUCCAGAGCGGGAGGGAUAAGCUGUGUGUUUCUAUGUCCUCCCUGACAUCGCAGCUGACUGGAAGCGAGGAGGAUGGUUCUGGCGCCUCGGAAGCUCUCCCAGAGCCCCAGAGAGGGCGACAGACUAGUAGAAUCCCUGGGAUGAAUCAGAAGGACCCAGCUAGGUUUGUGCAAGCCAGGUGUACAGAGUCCAGGCCUCAGAUGACAGUGUCAAAGGACAGAACAGCUCAGUUGCCAAGGAGCGCCCAGUAUGGAGUCAAACCCGUUCCACAGGCUCACAAGCCUGAGGAAUCAGGGGUCAAGACCUUUCCUGGGAUGGUUCGUUCCUCCAGCCCAAUGAAACCCCUUCAUCUCUCCCCACAACGGGAUUCCAAGGGAGCUGCACAGAGCCACAACGCUGCACAUGGCUGGGGGGAUGCUGGGGUUGUGAGGCCAUCCUCCCCAGUUAAACACAUGGGCCAGACUCCAAAACAGGAAAGUAGCACUAAGAUCCCAGUCAAAGCCGGCCCCGCCUUCAGCAGGCCCCCAACCCCUGUUCAGAGCUACCAGGGGGAGCCCCGCCUCCGAAAUGGGUGGAAAGUCCCUGCCGGUGAAAUGGCAAAAGCCCCGGCUCUCUCAAAGAGCAAAGUCGUGUCCGGGGCUGAGGAUGGCUUUCAGGGGCACAGACAUUGCAGUGGGGCAGUCAAGCCAGAGACAUUGAUGACCAACCUUCCCACUAGCCUAAAAGACAGACUCGGCCAGUCAGCUCCAGCAGGGAAGGACAAGGGUCCAAACACCAGACUGGUGCAGGAGGUAGAGCCAGGAAACACCAAUGACAGCAGCAGGAGUGGUGGCGAUCCAAUAGGCUGCAGAGAGGAGAGGGAACGUGUGUAUACACCUUUGCCCAUCAACCCGGCCCAGGAGCGGGCGCUAUACAGGAGCCUAGAAGAUGAGAUCUUAUCCAACAUAAAGGUUCUAGAGGCUGAUUCUGAUGAAAGCCACUGCCCUGAGGGGAACCAGCUGGACGAUUUUGCCCUGGACUGCAGCAUAGCGAGCGUCGCCACCGCCAGUGACAUAAGUAGGCUCAGGUCCUCCACGCCCUCCCUGUCUUCCUUGACAAGUGCCAGGCAGACCUUGCCAUGUGGCGAGGGUGUGCCUCGGAGUGGCGUCUAUGUGCCCAGCGGAGAGGCAAAAUGGCACCCGGCUGGAUUCCGCUAUGGUGAUGUGAUCGACGAACUGUCCCAGGGGCACAACACACUCCACCCAGUGGACGUGGAGAACUGGAUCGCCAAGAUGCCACCCAAGGGGGCUGUGAGGGUUUCCUCUCAGCCAAGUUCACCUCUGGUGAAUGGAAACCAGGUGGAAAAGAAGCUUCUGGAGCCAGAAGGGGCUUUGUUCCAGGAGAACGUGUCCAAUGAAACCAAAGGCAACUGGUCAAGGAGGCAGCCAUCUCUCACAAGCCAUGCAGGGUCGGCUGUAGUCAGUAGAAAUAGCAAAGCUUCUCAGGCAGCCUCUGAUGGCCCCAAGGCAUCUAUCAAUUCUCCAGCCUCUGUGGGUGGCCUUGAAAAGUCCAAACUGCCUCAAGGUAAGCCCAAAAGGUCCCUGAAGAAGCCCGAACGGGUGCCAUCCAUCUACAAGCUAAAACUACGCCCCAAAAUCCGCCCACGCAGGGACAACAGACCUGAGAAACGGCCAUCCAAAAUCCCCACUCCAGUGACCUAUCGACAGGCACAGAAAGCGGCCAGCGUCAAAGCCCAGGAGAAGGCCCACAGCUCAAAGCAUCAGACCCGGCCAACUCAGGACAACCUGGAUAACACAAGGCAGAACAGCACAGGAAAUGCUGGGUCCGAGGAAGAGGCUUGGCUUUCAGAACAUAGUAACUCCCCACAAGCUGGGAAGAAGACAGUCCUAGCAGAUACCAAAGUGUGGCUCACAGAAGAAGAUGAGGAAUCCUGGGUCUGAUGUCUUGCCUGCUGGUGCCAAUUUUGCCUCCCAGUCGUCAGUGUUUGUAGCUCUACGGGGAGCCACAUUCUUCUUCAACCCCAUUGGAGAAACGGGGUUAGAGAGGAGACUCCGGCCCAACAGAUGCGAAGCCAGUGAACUGAUGAAGUUGAAGUUCUCCCAAGUUCUCAGCUGAGUGGCUCAAAAAAGGGACCUGUUGAUUUGAGCCGAAGAAAUCUGACAUUUAUUUUGAAGGACAAGAAGGCAGAUUUUCAGAGAGGCCUCGACACGACCCUCAAAACCUGCAGGUACAAUUUUGUGCUCUCUCCUGGGUUUUGAACAUGCACUAACACUUCAAAGUGGAAAAUUGAGCCUGCAAUUUGGCAUGAGGCAUCUUUUGAAAACUUGGUCCCAAGUCUGGAACUAAGAACAGAACUUAGAACAAAGGGCGGAAACUGCUAACCUAAGAAAAGCUCUAAUAGUGUGAUUCAAUGAAAGCCAAAUUUUUUUUUUUUUUACCAGCAGAUGGAAAUGUAAAUAUUUUUACUGCGAAAGUACUAUCAGCAGGGGGAGAUGCCAGUGAUAUGUAUGAUCAUUUUCUCCUUGCCCCUGAGACCCACCCCAAAUCCAUUGUAAUAGUUUUCUUUGACAGAUGUACUUCCAAAUUCCCCUCUCAGUUAAUUUGAUGGAUUUCCAGGGAUGGUGUACUUGUGCAAUUGGGAGGAGAAUUUGGCCCAUAAAUUGCAAAUACAGAGGCCAAUUUAGCUCAUGCAGAGAGGAGAAAGAGCAUGGUCUCAUUGUUAGAGCAGGACUAUUGGGUUCAAAUAAUUAAAAAAAAAUCUCUUUGCCUCAGUUUCCCCAUCUGUAAAAUGGGGCUAAUAAUGCUUACCUCUGAAAGCACCAAGAAUCUUAAUGAAUAUUUGUAAAGCACUUUGAGAUCCUCAGGUGAAAGGCACAAGAGGAAGGUAAAAUAUUAUUAUUAUCGUCCUAGAUCCAUGAGUGAAUCUUGUAUUGAUCCCAGUGGGAAUCCCAAGUGCACUUGUAAGGCAAUAUAGAGCCCUGCUUUUGGAAAGGUUCCCCCAAGAUUGCUCUGCCUUUUAUAGGCAAUGGGCAACAUGCCACCCUCAUUCUGUUCACAAAAGUCUUGUUGAAUUCAAAGGGAGUUUUCUAAAACACUGGAAGUGGUAUAGCACGUGAAUUGUGUCAAAGUCCCUAAUCAGACCAUUUCCCCCUUUUUUUCAUGAAGUUACCGGGGCCAAAUCCUCAGCUGAUGGAAAUUUGAUUUACUUCAGCUCAGGAUCUGGGCCAUAGUUGCCUGCACGUAUUUUAAGCUUGUCAUUAUUAUUGUUAAACCAGUAGCCAUCAAUGCAUUGGAAAUAGGAAGUUACUUGAAAUGACAAAAGCUGUGUCGGAGCUACUUCCACAGCUGAAAGAAAUAUAAUAAUAGAUUCAGAUGGUGGGCUUGUUUUUAACCAACAUGCCGGCGCUAGAGAUGCCCUGUGAUAUCAGGAAAGAGACCUAUAGAGACCACCCAUAAUGUCUUGAUACCCAUGAAUGUUCUGUGUAGUUUAUGUGUGAAUUGUCUUUGUUGUUAUAACUCUUGAAAAUAGUUUUUGAGGUGAUUAUUAAUCAUGCUGCUUGUUCCAGUUAGCCAUUGUAUUCCUAAACCUUUGAUCACUGUAUGACUCUCAGUGUUUGUGCAAUUGAGACAUUCCUAAAACUCUUCUUCUGGUUCAGUAACUUCUGUUUCAAUGGGGAUAUGCAAAGAUUGAUCCAUUGAUAGCAAUGAUACCUAUAACCCAGGGAUGAUAUAGCUUACUAGGUGAACCCUUUGUUGCACUUUACGUGGGAUAAAUUGUUUCCAAACAACCUAUUUUUCCUUUGGAUCAUUAGAAAUCCCUAACUUUGGACCUACGGCUAGGCCUUCCAAGAGAGGAUUACAUAAGAACCAUGAGUUCAUAAAGACAAGAAUGCAAGAGUUUGCCUGGUCUCUGUUAAUGAGAGCGGGUGGGAAUUUUUCGCAUUUUUAGAAUGCUGAUUUCCAAAAAUUUGGAAUUUUUUUGCAAAAAAAUGUUCUGAAUUUUUUAAUUUAUGUUCACUAAAGGAGGCAGCAGGAAAUAGGUCAGGUCCAGGCAAUAGGCCAAGUCAGGUCCAGAUGUGGCCAGCUCCAUAUUUAAGAUUGUGGACGUGGGGGGAUGGCAAAUGAGGUCAGGAAUGCUGUUCAACCAUGUGCUGAGUGAUUUGAUUGGACAGCUCACCCAUGUUGUUUUUUCAGGUGGUCUCAGCAAGAUCUAGAUCUGAACUGUAUUCAGUGAGGGUGAAAGGAACAUUAAUAACCCUUUGCGCAGGUAAUACUAGGUGGAGCAGUGCUUCCAUCUCAAUGGACUAGAGAUUCAAUGAGAAUUUCAAUACACCCUCCACAAGAGUCUUAAGGCUGCAGGGCUGAAACUGACUUGAGCGAUGUGUCGGGGGCACCGUCUUCCACCCUAAUUGCAAUCGGUUGGUGUUGGGAUAUUUUACACUUUCCAUUACCCACACAGUUGCCACGUGUUCCAUUUUCAUUAUGUUCUGUUGUUGUAAUUAGAAACACAUUAACAACUCCACUGUGGGUAUGAGACGUGGUAUGGGAUCACUGAUUCUGAGAAUUACAGCGCUGGGUUAUGUUGCUUGAUUGCCCAAUUCAUCGGUUCCCCGCUAGAUGGUGGGUCUAAGAACAAGGGGAAGGAAUAUGGUGGCAGCCCAGUGAAAACAAAGACUAUGGAAGAGAGAAAGAGGCAUCACGGAGGGGAUCUCUCUGAACAUGAAAAAUCCUACCAGGCCCGUGAAAAUGUUCUUUCCCCAGCAGUCAGGAAAUAGGAUGAAUUUGAAGGAUCAGUGUUGUCAUUGCAUAUCUCGUCAAGCGUAUGUCACCCCUUAGCAACCUACAGCUAAAACCAAGCCCCCCCCUUUAAAGUGUAAUAAUGGAGACAAGAACCAGAUUAUGUCCUGGUGUGAGCAGGUACAAUGGGAAGGCACUGAGAAUUGUAUCAGUUUAAUGCCAGGGCUGUAUUUGUCCCUGGGAUAGGAACUGAGUAAUUUUCACUUAUGCCCAAAUAAAUCUGUUAGUCUUUAAGGUGCCACUGGGCUCCUUGUUGUUUUCAUGGAACAAGACUACAUGGCAAGAAGGAUCUUUUAAGAAUGAAAUGAAAUUAUUUAGCUGAUCAGCUAAACAUUCCCUUGGAGUGGUUUCUGUUAGUUUAUGACCAGGCCUCACGAGAUAGGUCAGUUGAAUACCUUGACAAACCUUGAAUACCAUCCAACCAUGUUGGAUGAGUGUCGUAAAUAUACAGAACCAACAAAAAUGGAGAAGUGCCAUCACAGACUUGUAUUUAAUUUAAAUGUAUUGGAUACAGAUUAAUUUCCUUAGUUCAGAACUACAAGCUCCUUGAUAAACGGUCUGAAAGUAGAGCUGGUUGGAAAAGUCAGGGUUCUUUUAACAGAAAAUGUUGAGACUUUGGUAAAAUAUUUCUGCUGAGACCCAAGACAUUUUGAUUGUGAAAUGCAUCUCCCAUGAAACACCACCCUCUCCCUUCUUGGAGAGGGUAGUUGGCACAUCCUGGAAGUCACAUGUUGGAGAUGCAUCAUGGGACACGAGUCUGACUGGGGAGCCUGGCCUCUAGAGAAUAGGAGUUUGAGACACCUGAAUUACAACUCCCACAAGGCACCAUGGCAUGGCAGCAUUUCACAAUAUUUUGUUUUUUAGAUUAAAUAUUACAAUUUUGGGGCAUUUAGGCAAAUCACAAUUUUCUGUGGAAAGCCAAUACUCUUUGCAAACAAUUUCAUUUAGUUGAAAAGCCAAUUUUCUGUUGAAAAACAGUUUGUGGAAAUUUUUCACGCAGCCCUCUCUGAAAGGGUUUUUCCCUAGUGUUGCUGUAGCUUCUGUAAUGUCUUUAGAAACAUGGAUUUGAAACUUUUAACAGUAAUUCUCCUCCAUGACUCAUCACCAAUCACACCCCUCCUCCUCUUUCAGGAAGGGUAAAACAGCUCUCUCUGCAGGGUUCAUUAUCAGGAGGCAAUUUAGUGAUUGUUUCAAGUGGCAGGAGAAUGAGGCAGUGAGAGAUUAGGAACCGAGGCGGAAGCAGAUGUGUGGAGAAAGCGUUGGAGCUCUGUGUCUUAUACCUGUUGGAAACUCAUUUUUCUGGAUUUAAAGCUUGAAGACAAGCUUCCCAUGAUACAGGGGGUCCUUCUUCAGGACUCUGUGUCUGACAGGCUAGCUGGAAGGGGCAUGGAUCCGGGGAGGUGGGUUAAUGUGGCAGUUAUCAGGAAAUACACAGCUCCAUUAUCAGGUCCCACUUGUUGCCAGCUGAAGAGGGCUUUAAAGGAGCUCAGACCUGCUCUGUGUUCAUAAGCCUCCAUGCAUUCAGUGGCGGCUGUGUGCAGCUAAAGAGACCCUUAUGAACAGAGCUAGCCCUCUAGAGAGCAGGAAAGCCAGCUGUGAAUAGGGAGGGCCGGGUAAGUGCAACACCUGAAAGGAGGAAUAGACAAACGGGGGAUGACAACUCUUUGGCAGGUUCUCUCAUCUGCUCAGGUGCUGGUUAAUCGAGCAUGGAGAUUCACUUGUAGAAAGAGAUGGUGAGCUGCCUGCAGGAAUGUGCUUGCCCUGAUG